UCGAUAACCGAUGAGCCAUCGCUGCCAGCAGAUAUUUUUUUGGGGCCAAGUGGAAAAUACGUGUAAUAUUUACAAAUAGACGAAGAACCGACAGCCCAAAAUGGAGACUCCCACGGCCGACGAUCUGCUGCAGUUUCGCGACUACAGCGGCGGCGGUGCCCCGGCCCAAAUCAACGUUAACUCGCCGACCCACUCAUCGGGUGGAGGAAGUGGAGGAUUUGGAGGAGGUUCCGGUAAUUCAGGUGGUGCCAACAACGCACAGCGUCAACGCGGCGAUCCGCUGGCGGAUCUCAUCUACGACAUGACCAGCUCGGCGCAGGGAUCUCCUGCUGGCGGCGGUGGAAUCCCCGCGCAGAACUCCUCCUCCCUGGACGGAUCCUCCGGCGCAGCUGCGGGCGCCCGACUCUCCUUCCUGACCAUCGAGUACUACCAGCAGUUCUUCAACGUGGACACCUACAUGGUCCUCGAGCGGAUCGCCAACUCGAUGAUCCCCAAGCGGGCGGCGGGCAACUAUCUGCGCAUGAACAUCGGCGAGAAUCCGGAUCUGUAUGGACCCUUCUGGAUCACCGUCACCCUGAUCUUCUCCAUUGCCAUCAGUGGCAACAUAGCCAGCUACUUGCAGCAUGCCAGCGACAGCUACCACUGGCACUACAACUUCCAUCUGGUCUCCUAUGCGGCCACCUGCAUCUUCCUGUACGCCAACCUCUUGCCGGCCGUCCUGUGGGCCUUGUUUAAGUACAGCCUGAAGCCCGUGGAUGCGGCGGACGAAAUCGAAACGGAUAGCGCCACCUACACUCCGAGUCUCUUGUCGCUGAUGUGCAUCUACGGCUACAGUCUGGCCAUCUAUAUACCAGUUUCCAUUCUCUGGGUGAUCAAUAUCUCCAUGCUGCAGUGGCUCCUGGUUAUCACCGCCGCCCUGCUCUCGGGCUCGGUUUUGAUUGCCGUUCUGACGCCUGCUCUGCGCAACUCGCAGUUCUCGCUGUUCCUCAUCAUCGGAAUACUGGGCGCCCAUUUGGUGCUGGCCGCCGGAUUCAUGCUCUACUUCUUUCACAAUCCCCCAGAGCCGCUGGCCGCCGUCGAUCCGACUCCAGCUGCACCUGCUGCUCCUGCUGCUCCGGCUGCCUUGAAAGCAGUCACCCAGGCGGUUCUCCACGCAGUCGCAGCCGGCAAUCAGACCCACUAGGAAGCAUUCCAGUUAAUCGACGUCGCUGACAUAUGUUGUACAUUAAGUUGUCCUAAUUAUAUAAUAUUCGUUAGAGAGCGAUGCCAAGGCUCAGAUGCAUCGCGGUAUUAAUCCACAUCUGAGCUCAAGCAGCCGCCCGCGUUUCCUGUUUUGUAUUGACUUUCUAUAACAUUCGGCGACUGUAUAUUUAUAUAUUAAAUUAGAGCUAGAAGUACGUGUAAUACCAAAAAACGAAGAAAUCCAAUAACAAGAAGGAACUAAAA